AUGUUUUUCCUCGUAUCUUCACACGACGACUAUUUCAUAACGACUAUUUUUUUUUGGCCUAUUUUUUUUUUGGCCUAUUUUUUUUUGGCCUUUUUUUUUGGCUUUUUUUUUUUGGCCUAUUUUUUUUUGGCCUAUUUUUUUUUCACCUAUUUUUUUUUGGCCUAUUUUUUUUUUGGCCUAUUUUUUUUUUUUGGCCUAUUUUUUUUUGGCCUAUUUAUUUUGGCCUAUUUUUUUUGCCUUUUUUUUGACAAUUUUUUAACUAUUUUUUACUAA